UUAUUAUAAUGCGAAUUAUGCGUUUCCCCAUUUCAACCAUUGAUCAAUCGUCCGUUCACUUGGCGGUUUCAAAGAAAGCGUCUUUGCUCGUCGUCAUUCGUCUCACCGGCGGCAAGGACGUACUGAAAUCUCCCUCUUUGACCUUCUUCUCUAUCCGUCCAUCUUUCUGUAUCACACAGUGUAAGGAGAGUGGCGGAGUUAAGUGAAUUCGCGAUGGCGAAUAGGGUCGAUCACGAGUAUGAUUACUUGUUUAAGAUCGUCCUGAUCGGAGACUCUGGUGUAGGGAAAUCUAACAUUCUUUCGAGGUUUACCAGGAACGAGUUCUGUUUAGAAUCGAAAUCUACCAUUGGGGUUGAGUUCGCCACUAGAACACUUGAGGUAGAAACAAAAACAGUCAAGGCACAAAUAUGGGACACUGCAGGACAGGAGAGAUAUCGAGCAAUCACUAGUGCUUACUACAGGGGAGCAGUGGGGGCGCUCCUUGUGUAUGAUAUCACCAAGGGGCAGACAUUCGAUAACAUCCAGAGGUGGUUACGCGAAUUAAGAGAACACGCAGAUUCCAACAUAGUCAUCAUGAUGGCUGGAAACAAGUCUGACCUUAACCAUCUCAGAGCUGUUUCAGAAGAGGAUGGGCAGGUUCUGGCUGAGAAAGAAGGCCUCUCAUUUCUUGAGACAUCAGCUCUCGAAGCAGUCAACGUUGAAAAGGCCUUUCAGACUAUUUUGACCGAAAUUUAUCAUAUCAUUAGCAAGAAAGCUCUUGCAGCCCAACAAGCCGAAACAAGCAGUAUGGUUCCUGGGCAAGGUACCACCAUCAACAUUGGAGGAGAUUCAGAAGGGAAUAUGAGAAAGGGAUGUUGUUCCUCUUAAAGAUCUUUAGGUGAAUGUUUCUUUUUAGCUGUUUUUAACUCUUUUCUUUGUUUUUUUUAAAUAUUACCAUUUGUUUUCAAUUUAAUUAUUGAAGAUGUGAUGCAAAGACUUUUGUAACUUAAAACAGGAGUAAAGUAAGACCAUCGAGGACCGAGAUUAUUU